AUGUGGCAUAAUAAGAAUUUUCCAUUAAUUAUUAUUCAAGCUUUCUUUCGUGAAAGCAAAAAUUUAUCAAAAAGACAGAUUUUACCUAUUAGACCCAUAGAAUUAAAAUUAACUAAGAUUGCUUUUCAGAUAUUAUAUAGGUUUCUUGCAAAUAAAAAAAUUGCAAAAUUUAGAAAAAUAUCAUUAUUUGAAUUUAUUAAUAAAAUGGCUGAUCUAAUUCAUGCAAUUGCAGGCUCUCUUGCUUCAGUAAUUACUUCAUUUAUGGUACAGCCAUUAGAUGUAAUUAAGACCGGGAUUCUUACUCAAACCAAGCAAAUUUCUAUUCAAGAAGCUAUUAAAUUUGUUAACACUACUUAUGGACCGAAAGGAUUUUGGAGAGGUGUGCGACCUGCAGUUUAUCGAGCAUCCAUUUCUGGAGGAAUUAACUUUACACUGCUGGAAAUGUUUGGUCAAGCACAAAUAGGACCCCCACCCCCCCACCCCACCCCCACACCCCAAAUACAUAACUUUAUGUAGAAUAUAUUAAUGGUUUAAGCCCAAGUGAAGAAACUAAAGUUUUAUACUCUAAACUAUAGCUCAUACCCCUUUAUAUAUUCCUUUAUCGAGCAAAGUGUACUUGAAUAUUGAAAGACCAAAACAGACUCUCUCAAAGAGAUGAGCUCAACCUCUAUAUCAGAAAGUUCUAAAAAGUGCAUGCCAAAAAAUAAUGGCAAGUGUGAAAAAAGUUGGUAAGCAAACACGCAAAUUUUUAAAAUGGCUUUAUUAAUAAAAUGAUUUAAAUAGACUGGAAUUGAUUAAUAACUAAAAAUCUUAUUUUUCAGGCCUUAUUAAUUAAUGAUAAUUAUACUAAUAAAUGCUACAUAUAAAUUUUAAUAGAUUUAAUAUUUUUUAUUAUUUGUUCAUGUAAAAAGUGCUUGAGAUAAAUUUAUAGAAAUGAGUUUAAAAAUGCAAAUAGGGAACUUCCCGAGUAAACGGUUGUAUAGGUCUUCAAGUGCUAUAACUCCAGUAAGCAUAUCAAUCACAAACUCUAGUAGGAUCCUGACUUAAGUGAUUAUAAAGGUGGAGUCCAUUAUGAAAGAAAUUGUCAAAAGUGAAAAUGCAAACGGGGAACUUCCCGAGUAAACGGUUGUAUAGAUCUCCAAGAGUUAUAACUCCAGUAAGCAUAUCGUGCAAAAAACUCCAGUAGGAUUUUGAUUUAACUCCCUCCCUUUAAAUUGGGAAACAAAUAUUUGUUCCAAUUUAAAAGAAGGGUUAAGAAAAUUUUUUAUGAAAAAUUCAAUAUAAAAUUCUUAUAAAAAAAAAUUAAAACAUGUGUCGAAUUAGAUUAAUAACUUUCUAGAAAAUUUAUCGAUCAAAGUAUUAAUUUUGUUUAAUUAAGUGGCUAUUUAUACUCUUUUGCUAAAAUAAAGCAAGAAAUAAAGUAAAUUUUCAAUUUUUGUAAAGAAUUCGCAUUAAAUUUUUAUCAAAAUUAUUUAAAUAAAAAAUAUAAUCCCUUGGCUUAAUUUCUUAUGGCAGUUUAUACGCACUAUUUUCAUAUGAAAUUUAAAUUAUUAAUUUGGCGCACUAAAAUCUGCGUUUUGAAACGUAUAUUUGGUUUCCACAUAAUAAAUUCAAAUGACAUCAUAUGCAUGAUAAGAAAUAAAUGCAAUAAAUUAUAUUUUUGUUGAAAAAUUUUUAAAAAAAAAUUAAAUUUUUAAAAAUAUAGCAAUUAAGGAUAAUAAAUGUAUUUAAAUAAGAUGCUCUUUAUGUUCUUUUCUUUAAAAAAGAACAAGAUAUCACAAUUAAAAAUGGAGCGCAUGAAUUAGGGUCCUUGUUGUCCCCUAACUCCCCCCCCCCCCCCCUCCGUGAGCGAACAAAACCAUUAGAAAAAUCGCCAUUUUUUGACCAAAAACCCACCCUCCGUGAGUGAACAAAAAUUUUUUUAAUAGAAAAAAUUUUAAUGGAAAAAAAUUUUUGAUAUAUAAGUGAUAAUUAGUAUAAUGAAAUCUAGAGCUAAUUCUGUUUAAUUUUAAACAAAUUGCGUUUUAAAACAUAAAUUUUUUGCAAAUUAAAUUAAUAUUUGCUUCCCAAUUUUUGCAAAUUAGGAUUUUUUUAAAUUUCGAAAAAAAAAAUAUUUUUUAUAAAAUUUAUAUAUAAAUUUUUUUUAAAAAAAAAAAAUUAACCCCCCUCCGUGAGCGAACAAAAUUUUUUUGUUCGCUCACGGAGGGGGGGGGAGUAAGGUCAUCCUAGUGAGGGAAGUUCAAACUUUCUGAAGGAAAUUGGCGCUGGAACUGCUUCGGCAGUUCUGCUCGUGCUUGAAACACAUUCAAGGAAGGAAGAGAGACACAUCUGGGUCAUAGGCUACUGUAACGGUUCGACGGUUAGGCCAAUUCCACCUACCGUUGUUCAGAGCUGUUAGCCAGUGAUGGAAUUCAGGGAGGAUGGGCUUGUAUUGCUAGAUCCUAAGCUAAGUGGGGGUCGGCAAAGGGUUAUCGUAAUCUUAAAUCUUAAAAAUCUUAAAUCAAUUUAACGAAAGAGAUGAAUAAUUAAUUAUCUUAAGUCUAAUCGUAUUUGCUUACCAACUUUUUUUCACACUUGCCAUUAUUUUUUGGCAUGCCACUUUUUAGAACUUUCUGAUAUAGAGGUUGAGCUCAUCUCUUUGAGAGAGUCUGUUUUGGUCUUUCAAUAUUCAAGUACACUUUGCUCGAUAAAGGAAUAUAUAAAGGGGUAUGAGCUAUAGUUUAGAGUAUAAAACUUUAGUUCCUUCACUUGGGCUUAAACCAUUAAAAUAUUCUACAUAAAGUUAUGUAUAUGGGUGGGGGUGGGGGUGGGGGUGGGGGUGGGGGUGGGGGUGGGGGUGGGGGUGGGGGUGGGGGUGGGGAGGGGUGGGGGGGGUGGGGGUCCUAUUUGUGCUGGACCAAAUGUUCAAUAAAAUUCUUAAGCCGCACCAGUCUAUUAAAGGGAGAUUUUUACAUGAUAGCGAAUCGGCAGUAUUAGCAAGGUUAGUGGUUAUCAUAACUUUAUCACCAUUGAGUAUAAUAAAACUACGUAUGGAAGCUCCUCAGUUUAAUCAAUAUACAUCUGUUAGUGAUGCUUUUGCAAAAAUAUAUAAGGAAGAAGGAACUCGAGGUUUCUAUAAAGGAUUUUCCUCAAGUUUACUAACACCCUCAGUGCUAAGCAAAUUCUUGCUUAUUCAUUGGGUUUUUUACACAAAAUUUUCAAAUAGUCAAUUUUUUAUGAAAAGAUCGAAAAUAACUUAUUAUUGGAGGAUUUUCAGAUAAAAAUGAAAAAUGCAAAUUUUUGGCCUUUCUAUUCAUAUAAAAUUACUAUUUAAAAAUUUUGUGUCAAAACGGCCUGCGGAGUAUACAAGAAUUUGCUUUUGGCUGGGGAAUAAAGAGAUUUACCAUAUUCUGCUCUAGCUUAUGCUUUUUAUGAGCAAUACUCAGCAAUGAUAUUUUAUCUAACUGGAAUGGGUAAAAAAUACUCAUUUAAUACUUUUACAUCUGGAGUUUUGGCCGGAUUUACUGCUUGUUUAUUGACACAGCCAUUCGAUAUAAUGAAGACAAGAUUGCAAUUUGCCUAUGUCGGAGGACAUAAAGUAAACGGACUCUAUAAUGGACUUAUCGAAAUAUGAAAAGAAGAAGGCUUAAGAGGAUUUACUCGAGGAUUAGGAGUAAGAGUGAUAGAAAGAUCAUGCUCUUUUGGGAUUAUUUGGCUGAUCUAUGAAAAGUUAAAGCUUGGACUGAAAAAACAGAGACAUAAAUCUAUAAAAUAA